GUUAUCUUCCCACCAGCAGACACUUCAGUGCGCACCGGAGAGCGCAGCGCCUCUUGCGCCCCCAGCAGUCUCUCCUCGGGACGACACUCUUCUGAGAAACCGUCCUGCCUCCCUCUCAAAUCGAAUGAGCUGCUGCUGCGGCGGCGUGCCUCCGACUGAACGCCGUCCCGUCCAGCUCGGCUCGGCUCGGCUCGGCCGCCUCAGCGACUGAUCCGCGUAAUGGACGUGCGCACCCCGAGCGAAGCAGCAGCGCGCCGCGUCCCUCAGAUGGCGGAGUGAAGUGAGGAUGCGACUCCCCAGUUCCAUCUUUGUGUCGGUGUCUCUGUUCACGGCCGAGACCACGGCAGCGCUGUACCUCAGCUCCACGUACCGCUCCGCAGGAGACCAGAUCUGGCAGGGACUCACGCUCCUCUUCACGCUCGUACCGUCCGUGCUGGUGCAGCUCACCCUCACCUUCAUCCACCGGGACCUGAGCAGAGACAGACCGCUCAUCCUGCUGCUGCACAUCCUGCAGCUCGGUCCCAUCGUCAGGUGUCUGGAGGCGUUCUGCAUCUAUGGCAGCGUGGGCCGCGUGGAGGAGCCUUAUGUCAGCAUCACCAGGAAGAAGCAGAUGCCCCGCGGGGGUCAGUCCGAGGAGGUGGAGCGGCAGGUGGGGCAGGCGGAGGGCAAACUGUUUACACACCGAGCAGCCUUCGCCCGCACCUCUGUCAUUCAGGCCUUCCUGGGCUCGGCCCCCCAGCUCACCCUGCAGCUCUACAUCUGCGUCCUGCAGCAGGGGGUGUCCAUCGGGAGAGGCACUCUGAUGGUGAUCUCCCUCCUGUCCAUCGUGUACGGAGCUCUGCGCUGCAACAUCUUGGCCAUUAAGAUCAAAUACGACGACUACGAGGUGGACGUCCGGCCCAUGGCUUAUCUGUGCAUUUUCCUGUGGAGGAGCUUUGAGAUCGCCACCCGCGUGGUGGUUCUGGUUCUGUUCAGCUCUGUGCUGCAGCUCUGGAUCCUGCCCGUGGUUCUGCUGAACUUCCUGGUGUUCUUCCUCUACCCCUGGAUCUUGUUCUGGCAGAGCCACUCGCCAUUCCCCGAGAACAUAGAAAAAACCCUGACCAGGGUGGGAACCACCAUCGUGCUUUGCCUGCUCACCUUCCUGUACGCGGGCAUCAACAUGUUCUGCUGGUCGGCCGUGCAGGUGAAGCUCAAUGACCCAGACCUCAUCAAUAAGUCCCAGAACUGGUACCGCAUGGCCGUGUACUACAUGCUGCGUUUUGUGGAGAACGCCUCGCUGCUCCUUCUGUGGUACAUCUACAAAACGGACUUCUACAACUUCAUCUGCGCCCCGCUGCUGGUGCUGCAGCUGCUGGUCGCCUAUGCCAUCGCCAUCUUCUUCAUGCUGGUGUUCUACCAGUUCUGCCAUCCGUGUCGGAGGCUCUUCUCCUCCAGCAUGACCCAGGGCCUUUGGGACUGCUCCUCCCUGCUCUGCCUGAUGUGCAGCUCCACUUCGCCACAAAACAGGCCGAUGGGAAAGGCCGUCCUGGAGCCUCCGAGCCCGUCCACGCACAAAGAGCCUCCCGGCGACCGAGCCCACGACACGGCCAGCGACACCACGGACGACAUGCCCAACGACACAACGUACGACAUGCUCAAUGACACGGUGUACGACAUUCCUACUGAGACGGAGGACAAUAUAGCAGGUGGAAUCAAUGGGGACAUCGGCCACAACGUAUCCUGCAACGCUUAAAGCACGACAGUGGAUUGUGACGUGCCAUUCAGAGACAGUUAUCAUAACCUUUUAAGUGCCACAUGGAUCCCUCUGUGAGUUGAGUUUACGCUCCUUUUUUGGUCUCAUACGUCCAUCUCAGCUCCGACAUGAAGCAAAAAUGUGUCCUUAACUCGAGACUUUUCCUGGUUGCAGACAUGAUUCACGUGCAGAGGUGGUGCUUGUCUGUCUUAUCAGCUAACAUACUAACCUUUCAUUCAGCAGCCUUUAAUACAAAUAAGAACCCCCCCCACAUGGACGCCACCAUUACGUCUUUAUUUCUGGAGACUGUGUCCACUUAUAUGCUGCAUUACUGAUCACAAGGAGCCAUGCAUUUUCAAGUGAUUGUAUUUAGCAUCUCUCUUUGGCAUGGAGGUGUGCAUGUAUGGAGGCGUAACUAUCCCACUGCGGGGUGGUAGGGGCGGGGUUUGGUACAUUGAUUUACUUCUUCUUCUCUCAACCCUCUCGCUAGUUUUAUGGCUGCAAGCAAUCAGCUUUUUUUACUCCUCGAUAAGAGCUUUAUGAAUAACACGCGCUGCUUCUGUGAUGUGCUUGUGCUUGAUGAAGAGACGUUAAUCUCCACAUGUUUUUGAUCACCAAACGCGUUACUGUAAAGCACGGACAUUCCCAAGUAUGUUGUGUGUUUUUAUGCACGUUUACAAAAAAAAAAAAAGGAUUUAAGUGGCUUCGGUCGAACACCGUCGAUCAGCAGCUGAAGUGAUGUGAAAUGCUUUGUGUGUACGUAUAUUUGCGUUUUUCUGAUUCACGCCCGUCCGUCAGCUCUGUGUCCGUACGUCUCAUUAGUUAGAAUAUUUACACUGACUGCACACAAUAAUUGAUUAUAUCCAACUGAAAAAGCAUCAAUGUUUGGAAUUGUAACAAGUAUUUCUGCUUAUUUUUAACCUUUAACAUAGAAGUUGCCCGUGUGUGAGUGUGUGUGAGUGUGUGUGAGAGAGAAAAUGAGUGUGGUUGUUUUUGCACUAACUCCUUUUUGCAAUGUAAUCUGCAGAGGGACGAUGACCUCGGGAAUCACAUGAAUGCUCCGAAUAUUUGUACAAAUAAGACAGGCAUCUCUGAAGUAAAAAAAACAAAACAAAAAAAGAAUAUGAAGAUCUAUUACACACAUCAGACAUGCUCAUAGACAAGAUAAGAAGCAUUUAAAAGAUGAAAUCCUACUUAAAAAUCCAAAUAAAUUUAUAUUUCUAUGUGACAA